CCUGAUGCCUUAUUAUUUGUUCUGUCAGUUUUUUUCAGGAAGAUCUUCAUUUUGCAACUGGUAGGGUUGGUGCUAACCAGCAAUUUCACUGAUUGUGACUUUGAGAAGAUUAGAAUGGAUUACCUGAACAUCAUUUCUAAGGACCUGACGUGUACCGACUGCGACGCCACCCUCCGCUGUGAAGAUCAGGAUCAGGGCACGACGUCAGGGGCACACCCCUCACCACCACCUCCCGGGCGGGGGGUGGGGGGGCGGAUGGGGUGCCUCCGCCUGCGGCGCCGCCUCCUGGCAGUCCCCCGGGCCCCGCGCCUCGGACGCGGCGAGCGGCAGCGCAGGUCCUCUCUCCUGCCGCGCCUUCUGCUACUCUCACGAGCCCCCACUUCCUCCCCUUCCGUGGGGUCUUUAGCCCUCUCCUCACCCGGGUCCCAUUGGCUGCGUCCCCCGCGCCUCCUUUCACUCAUUUCUUACCAACUCUAUUUCUUUGUUUUUUUAUACCCCUACCCCCACCCCGUGGCGUGUUCUCCUUUUCUCGUGAACGUCGCCGCUUGCGAGCAGCCGGAUUGCCUCACUAAAAUCGAGCGCCUUACCUUGCAUCCUACCCCCGGCUGCAAGUCACUCCCCGAAGAAUUAGCCAGCAGAACGGAAGCCACGCUCGAACGCUCUUGCCCAGGCUACUACCGAAAGCAGAAAAAUAAUGCCCAGGCAAUGAAGAAAAGAAAGAAAAGAGAAGACACAAUAAAAAGAUGCCAGAAAAUAGUCUCAAACUUAAUAGGAUUGUGGCGUCGUUUCAUGCGUCUUUAAUAGAAACAAAGUGAACCUUCAUUGAAGUCAUAUUUCACAGCAACAAAAAAAUCAUCCGUAUUAGGUAGAGGGAAUGUUAAUUCUGUGACAUUUAAAAGAUCACUACUAAUUAUUUUUUUAAUUACAGACGGGUUUCUUAACUUAUUUUUGUAAGCUUUUAUUGUUUAAUAUUGGUUUAUAAUGUGGGGAAGAUACUACCCCUCAAAUGUCAGGGAGACUUCAGUAGCAUUGAUGUCUGAGCCACUGGCUUUGUGAUAGUAAUUCUCAGCUGGAGCUACAUAGGCCUUACUCAAGAGAAGAAUCUAAAAGUAUAGGAGAAGGAGAACUUUUUCGCUUCAAAAAGAAAAAAAGUUGAACUCAAGAGCAAAUGAACCUCUGUUGAAAAGGCAGGCAUUUCUUUCAUACUAAAAAUGUACAAAAGAAGGAAAUACAUAGACGCAAAACGGUACACACAAAAAGCUGUACAUAUAGUGGAGAAAUUUGAAAGAAUUUCAUAUUAAUAUUGUGAAAAUAGUUUAAGUUAAGUUUUAAAAAUUAUGUAACAGAUAAGAGUGGUAUAUGCAAGCAGAUCUUGAAGAAGUACAUUUAUUAAAGCUAAAAUAAUAUAUAUUUUUAAACUUAUGGAAUACAUUUUUAAUUUAUUGUAUAAGCACUUUUUAUUUUUUUAUUAAAUUUAUUGGGGUGACAUCGGUCAAAAUGAACAGUAAGCACUUUUUUAAAUGUACAUAUUGUUUUGUUAUUGACAUGAUACAUUUCUUAAUAAAAUAAUUCUCAAAUUCA